GUCGGCGGAUCAUGAUGGCGGCCACCGCGGACAAAGCAGCCGGCAUGAGUAAAAUGCUGCAGUUUAUGAAACUUAUCGGACAACUGAAAAGGGUGCCGCGGACCGGCUGGGUGUACAGGAAUGUGAAGAAGCCGGAGAGUGUGUCCGACCACAUGUACCGCAUGGCCAUGAUGUCUCUGACCAUCACUGACCCCACAGUGGACAGGGACAGGUGCAUAAAGCUGGCUCUGGUUCACGACAUGGCAGAGUGCAUUGUGGGAGACAUCGCGCCAUCAGAUAACAUCAGCAAAGCAGAGAAACACAGGAGAGAAGAGGAAGCGAUGAAGCAUCUAACGAGUCUUCUUCCGGAGGCUCUCAGACAGGAAAUCUACGCACUGUGGGAAGAAUAUGAAACUCAGAGCAGCGCAGAGGCCCGGCUGGUGAAACAGUUUGACCAGCUGGAGAUGAUCCUGCAGGCGCACGAGUAUGAGGAGCUGGAGGGAACACCAGGAAGACUGCAGGAGUUCUUUGACUCCACAGCCGGUCGUUUCCACCACCCGGACGUUCUCCAGCUGGUCAGCUCUAUGAACGAAGAGCGAGAAAGUCACAUGACCAACACAGAUGGCACAAGGACAUCUGAGCGAUCGCAGGCUGCUGAUUCGGCGCCUGAACAAGACCACACAACGUCACACGCUUCCUGACUGUAACACGCACAGUGAACAGAACUUCUCAGGUAGACAGAGAUGCUGGAUUCAGACAAACUGUCUGUACAGGGACGCACAAGCUGUAAUAUUGUUUUUGUUUUGUCUAAAUCACACCAGUUCAUUGUUUUAGUCAUUGUUUUAUAUGUUUUCAGUUUACACACAUUAUUGCGUAUUUUAAACCUGCAAGACAAAGUUCAAAGCAAAGACUGGAGAUUUUAAGUAGCAAAUGACUUUUAAGGAACCGCUACGUUUGUUUUAGUUAAUUACAUAUUAUUUAGUAACGC